CAAAAGAAACCCGAGCUCCAUUGAGAAACAGCAGACCACACCGCCUGAACUCACCUUUCUCCGCAUCGUCGAGGGAAAUUUUCAAAUCGCCUCAGCCUUCCAUCAAACCAAAUCGAAAGUCGCGUCAGUGUGCACCCAGCAGUGAUAACGUCGACACGGUCCAAAAUGCCCACAUAACCCUUUAAAAAAAACAGACUUGUGUGCUAGUGCUAAAAAUGGCCCUAACGCUCGUGCUCUUGUUGUGUGUGAGCAGUGCCCUAACCGAACCGACAAGAUACAAUUCGUCUGAUCUUUCCUACCUGUCAAAUGGUAUUCAGUUCCCGGUUCCGGCUUCAGAGUUGCAUAAUCCAGUUGUAGAGGAAAUUUUUCAGGACGUGUCGGAAGUCCGGUGGUUGGCAGAAUUGUUCGACCACCUGAAAUGGGCCGGAAAGCUCAAAGUUUUGAACGAGACGAGGUGUCAGACGGACUUGGAGCUGUAUGUCGAAGAGUUGCUGAAUGGGACUUCCUGGGCGGCCAAAAUGUACGACUCUUCUGGCCGCUACUCCGGCCAGUUCUUCUUCGGCAACGACUACUGGCUGGGUUCGAAAACCCUCUGUGAAGAGCUAACCAACACCGAAACCAACUCGGAGAUUCCCCCCUUUCCUGUCACAUUCCUUAUGGCCAAAGUCCGGCUAAACAUUAACCGAAACCUAACGCCAGUGACCAGACAGCUGAAUGUCGGCGAAUGUCUGCCAUCUUCUUGCACUCCUGCAGACGUAAGAUUGCUGCUGGCACAGGACCGCAAAGCUGGGUCUACACUCAACGUAGUGGGAAUUAGGCCGGUUCCGGGGGAUUACAGACUGUUCGAAGAUCUCAAAUUUCAAAUUGUGGGAGGGGUCACACUUGUCGUCGCAGUCCUAAUUUUCGUUGCGUCGUUGGUUGAAAUCAUAGCAAACAAGAAGCAGAAACAAAAAGUCGACGCCGAACUUGAAAAUAACAAUAAUGUGGAAGAUACCAAAAGUGUUAAAUCUGGCAAAAAAGAGGAAAAAACACCACAUAAACCAAAACAAGGCCUAUUUCUUCGAGUUCUUCUUUGUUUCUCCGCUAUUGACAAUGGGAAGAAGAUCCUCAAUGUUGAAAAAGUUUCACAAGACUCGAUCAAAUGCAUCCACGGUCUUCGUUUCUUCUCCAUCGCUUGGAUCAUUAUGGUUCACACUUAUCUCGAAGUUUUCUCAAUUGGUGAUAAUAAGAAUCUCAGAAUUCUCACCGAACGCAACUUUGUGUACCAAACCAUCUCCAAUGCGACUUUUUCGGUGGAUACCUUCUUCUUCAUAAGCGGUUUGCUUGUCACAAUUACCUAUUUUCGCACUGCUGCCAAAAAAACAAUCAAGGAAGAAACCACAUGCAAAUCAGUCCAGACUAACUUCUUUAAAUUCCUGAUGCUAGUCAUUUACCGGUUCUUCCGCCUUACACCUGCCUAUCUCUUCGUGUUGGGUGUAAACGAAGUGAUUUUACGCUACUUACACAGCUAUUCCGUUUUUUCACCGGCGAUUAUAGACCACAUCAGUUGUAGCAACUUCUGGUGGAGGAAUGCUCUCUACAUUAAUAAUUUUUACCCCCAAACUGAGUUUUGCAUGCUUUGGUCGUGGUAUAUUGCCAAUGACACGCAGUUUUACCUCGUCGCGAGUGUGCUUCUCCUGAUCGCAGUGCGAAGUGAGAAACAUUUGAAAUUCGCCGGUGCCGCUAUUGGAGUCUUUAUGGUGGCUUCCUGGAUUAUGACUUUUGUCAUAGCGAUGAAAUACGAUUAUGCUGUGAGAGUGGAAGAGCCGUUUGCGCUUUUUGACCAACUUUACGACAAGCCGUGGAUGAGGAUAGGGCCGUAUUUUAUUGGAAUGAUCGCUGGGUAUUUCCUCUUCAGAGUUAAAUGUAAAGUUAAACUGCCACUGGUUGUGGUAGUGCUAGGAUGGGUACUAUCACUAGCUUGUUUGUCAAGUUUAGUGUAUGGUGUUGGUAGACAAGGAUUGGUAGUUCCAACAUCAGCGUUUUAUGCUUCUUUGGGGCACACAGCGUGGGGCUUAGCCCUGGCUUGGAUCACAUUGGCGUGCUGCUCGGGUUAUGGGGGGCCCAUCAGUGCUCUCUUAAAAUUCAAAUUCUUUCUACCUCUCAGUAGGUUAACUUAUUGCGCAUAUUUGAUACAUCCUGUAUUUAUGUGUUUGACCAGCUUCAUCUUAGAUGGGCCAAUCCAUCUUCACGAAAGUCUUGUCAUCGUAAUAUAUUGUGGCAACGUUGUUGCUUCAUUCGUGUCAGCUUUCGCCAUCUCGCUUGCUUUCGAAGCACCAAUCGUAAAUUUGCUCAAAAUAAUUUUUUAAGUGUUUUAGAUUUAAAGUUGUAUAUUUUGUAAAAAGUUUAAUACAAAUAAAAUAGUUACGAAACAA